UUUUUAACAAAAAAAAAAACGGAUUCAAUCCAAUUCAGCCACCCGAAUCCGAGUGAUCCGACCCAAACCUAACUGCUACCGUGGCUGUAUAUUUCCUGAUCUUCCGUAUAGUGUCACUGAUGUUUUGAUUCUCCUGAUACUGGAUCUCUUCGGCAAGUUUCUCACUCAUUCUCUUUGUUCCUAUUAGGGUUUUAGGAUAUGUUUGUUAAUUGAUAGCACUAUAAUAUCUCUUGUUUUUCUCGUGCGUCCUGUUUAAUGAAAAUCUGGCCUUCUGUUUGGUUGCCGACAAAAUGAGCGAAUAGAAAAGGAAAAAGAUUAUCAGUAAUACUGUCUCUUUUGCUGUAUAUCCCAAAAGAAAUGAUAUUUUCGACAUAAAUCAUCAAAUAGUUGCAGCAGGCUCAGUUGAGAGAUGGGGUUGGCUUAUUGAGUUUCCAAAUAAGGGCGAACCAAAGACACGGAGCGUAAUUUCAUUUCCUUUUCCUAGAUUUUCUUGGGGACCAAACGGAGGAAGUUAGAAGAAAACUCACUUGUUUAAAGAAAUUAUUCCCUUCCCCUCCGAAUGUCUAACAUGGCAUAUGUUGGCCUCUCUGGCUUCUAAAAAUUACAUAAUUUGCAACAUAUAUAUGAUUAUAAUUCAUAACACCAUGCUCGGAGCAUGGUUAAUGGGAAAGAGAAGAGACAAAGAAAUGGAAAACAAUGGUUCUUUCAACCCACAGGAUAUAGGGAUUGAGAGAAGAUUUGCAAAGAAGAAAAAGCUAGAAGCUUCUCAGAUCAAUGCAAAUUCAAUGUUUGCUCCUGUCACUACUUCUGUGUACCAUUCACAUGUGCCCACCUCUGCCUCCUGCCUUGCCCCUAUUGCCAAUGGUGGUUUGUCUGCUAUGCAAGAAAAAGAAACAGUUGGUGGGAAUCAGCUUGCUGGGUAUAUAUUCAUGUGUAAUGGAAAAACAAAACCAGAUUGCUUUAAGUACCGAGUUUUUGGUCUUCCUGCUGCCAGAAUAGAUGUUGUGGCAAAGAUCAAGCCAAGCACGAUACUGUUUUUGUUUGAUUUUAAUUUAAAGAUUCUCUAUGGUGUAUUUGUAGCUGCCUCUAAUGGAAUAUUAGGAUUGGAGCCAAGGGCUUUCGGAGGGAAAUUUUCGGCCCAGGUGAGAUUUGAGAUUUUCAAGGAUUGCUUACCUUUGCCAGAGAUUGAUUUCAAGCAUGUUAUCAAAGAUAAUUACCAGGGGCAUUGCAAAUUUAGACAAGAGCUCAGUAACAAACAAGUAAAUGAUCUAAUUCCAUUGUUCCGGACAGUGGCUGCACGACAACCAGCACCUGUUGCCCCUCUUAUUCCAAAUACUGUGCCACCAACAAGAACCCUACCUCCUGGCUUUUAUGAACAAAGAACUCUACCCCCAGGCUUUGAGGAACAUGUCCAACUACAUCAAAUCCUCCACUCUUCAAAUGAUCAAUCUGUGGCUGGAUUGCAGUUUACUCCUGCUGGUCUGGCCCCUGCUGUUCAACAUGGUCAACAAGCAGUCACACCUCUUGCAUAUGAACCUCAUGGCUCAGCAGCUCCUGAGGCAUGUUUCCAACCAUCUGUACAAUCUCAGCAUUUUCUGUCUGCAGACCAACAACCUUAUUCUAACCCAUACUAUCCUGAGGAAGGUCAUCAAUCAUAUUUUCCUGAAAACCCAUCAUUGCCUCCACAGGCCCCAUGUAACAGAUAUGCUGCUGUCCAGGAGAAUAGUGAGAGUGAAAUUGUUCCACAACUGGGUGCAGGAUACAAUCACUACUUUCAGAACUUUGGAGCAACUAAUGCUCCAGUACAACAUGAGGCACUUGCAGCUUCUAAUACUCCCAUACAAGCUCAUGCCCCAACACCGGCACUGUUCAUGACUCAUUCACAUAUAGGUUCUUCAUCCUCAUCCUCAUCUCUUUCAUCUUCUUAUUGGGUUGGAGUGGCUUCUGAGUACCCAAAUCAGGCCAUGGCUACUUAUUGGGCAGGAGUGGCUUCUGAGGACCCAAAUCAAGCCACUGCUGCUUAUUGGGCAGGGGAGGCUUCUGAGGACCUAAGCCAGACCACGGCUGCUUAUCGGACAGGAGCUCCCCUGUGAGACCACUGGUCUGGGAGGUGAGAAUGUGCCUGUCGCUCUUGCAGGAGCAACUACAACCUAUGCUGAUGCAUAACUGGGAGGAUGCACUGCAGUAGUAGCCAUGUUCUCUAUUCUAAUGACUUGCAAUCAACUUCAAUAUCGUGGAAAUUACCCUUUAGAUGAAAUCUGAUGUAAAUUCAAGUUUUCUUCACUCUAGGAUACAAUAUUUUCUGUACAGACUUUUGGUCAUGGAAGCUUGAAAAUGUUGCCCAUGAAUUGAGGAAUUUUUCAGGUCA